AUGCUUCGUUACUACGUGUUGCUUCGUCAUUUUCAACGACAUUAUGAACUCUUUGAUGCUUCUAUUUCUUCCUUUACUAGCACCUUUGUUAGCUUCCCGUUUGCGCUUCUUGUCCAGAUACGUCGCUUUAGUGGGGCUAGACCUUCAAACGGAAGCCAAAGUGACCUAGCAGGAGCAGAUACCGCUUAUAGAUCCACCACGGAUUUGAACAACAGUGCUGUCAAAGAAUGGCAAUGGUAUUUCUCUGUGCUUCGGGGGUUUUGCGAAAAGAGUACGUCAACCCCAUCUAAAACUGUUACACCUUUGCAAAAGGGUAAUUCUUUGGAAUUUUCCUCUUCCACAAAUGUGGAUUCAUCGGGCAUUGUGAAGGACCAGCUGCGUUUAGGUGCGGCCAAGCUAGGCUUGUUCCCACUGUUUUUAGGCUUUGGAAAUAGCCCUCUUCCUACCUCUCUUCAGUGGAUUUUAGAAGAAAAAUAUAAAGAUUAUUCAGAUUUACUUGAGGGGACAUCUUUUGAGUUAUCUACAGUCGCAAAUCCCAUCUCAGGAGAAAGAUCGCACAAAUUCCUUCCUUGUUUUCUGUACUUGGAGCCUCCAACGGGAUACCAUAUGGUAUCUCCUGAGUUUGCAAACGCCUAUUUGUUUGAAUCUGAAUGGAAAACACGUGGUCAACGAUGUCAAGAGUUCUGUGCGCAGUAUAGGCUCCAGAACGGACUUGCUAAUGGCUCGAAAGAUGGAGCGGCGUGGGAUGGGAGGCUGCCCGUGAAUCCUUUUCAACUACUUUUUUACUGGAAGCUAGAAGUGUCUGCAACUUUGACUUACUAUGCUACGUUUGUACCAUACGUCACGGGCGGGGGGAGUGAAAACGACAAGGAGGCCUGUCUAGUGCUUCCUGCGCUCAAACGGGUUAGGCAGUACUUGAACCCUUCCUUUUGGAUCCCCCUGAAACUGCUCAAUUACUUGCCCUUCUUCUCUACUCCUCACACCCUAGUGGAAGCUUUAAGAAAUUCUUCGUUGACUCUAUCAAAGAUACCAUCUUAUGGGGUAUCGCCGGAGGCUACAGAAGCUGCGUCCGUUGCGGCCCUUUCAACUCUAAACCCUCCUCGCUUUCUCUCACAUCAAAAUUUCCGUUAUCCGAAGGGGAUUGCAGAGCUCUGGAAGUGUGUGUAUAGUCCCGGCCUCUACCUCUCUGAGAAUUACUACUUCCCUUGCGAGGCGUAUCCGUAUUUAAAGUUUUGCUCGAAAAUAAAUUUCUUAAGCUUCCAACUGUGUUGGGAAAAAAACUUCGUAUCCAAUGUAAUGCACCUGAAUAAAUUACGAACCCUUCAGGGCUCGACGAUGACCGCGCAAUGCCAUGAGCACAGGCGAAGCCUUCACUUUACAGAACCUGAAUGCAGCUUGAUGGAGCGAAAAAUCAACUACAAAUCGGAUGAAGCUACGCCGGAGGAGAUGUCUAGUACUACGGUCAAUGGCACCUCCCCGGCUCCUGCAUCCCGCUCCACUUCAUUCCCGCGCCUAGGUCCAUACAAGGAACAAAAGCGUAAAUUUCAUUUGCACGAUUCCAAAGCGGUACAUUCUUGGAGUAACACCGUCAUGUGCUGUGGGGAGCUCUACACCAAAGCGUCAAAUAUCGUACUCGCCUGUUUUUUCGAUUCCGCGAUUUCCUCUCGCCACGCCAUUCCCUUAGACGAGAGCGGGAAUGUCAUCUACAAUGGCAUGAACGCCUUUCGUGCGCGGCUGAUACACUACGAGGAGUUCCCGCAUGUGAACCCGGAGACCCGCCCUUUCGAAUCCAAUAUUUGCUCCUUGGAAAGAUUCACGUGCGCAUCCAGAUCCGAUGGGGCGGGCGCGUCCUCCGAUUCCGUCUGGCUUCAGCGGCUUCAGGACCUUCAUCCCGAGGCCGGUGGGGCGGGUCGCGUCCACGAAUCCACCAUCCCCGAGCGGCUGCAGGACGCGCGCCGCUCCACUCAGGCCUCGCCGUUCGCCUUUCGUUCCCCGUACUGGGCGGAGCUCGCGACAGUUCGGGAGCGCUGGGGGGUCGACGUUGUCCCUGGCGCGAUGCCAGUUUUAUCGAACCACCGCCUUUAUGUCAACGCUGAGGAGACAACGGAUGCGUCGCGGUUUAACCCCCGCACCUGCACACCCAAACGAACACACGAGGUCUUCUGCGGAGGCGUGCUGCUCACCUGUGCGUGGCCGCGCUCUGAGGCCCUCCGGCGGGCGGUCCGCGAUCAGCGAGGGGGGCUUCCUCCCCCUGCGUUGCCACCGCGGCGGCCUCCCCGCGCGACGGAGGAGCUGAAUGAAAUGAGCAACCUCUGGGUGGAAAGGCGUGUGGUGGAGCUCGCGCGGUGGCAUUUGAGGCCGGGCGCGGUGCACAGCGCAAUCUCGCACUUGGAGAUGUCGUCCGCACGGUAUUCGGUCGCCCCUACGGCAUGUUCGUCGUCUUCUUCAUCGUCCUCGCCGUCGCCAGACGAUUUUCCCUCGGCGUUUGGGGAGGUGGUGGAGAUCGUGUACGCGGAGGAUAUCGUUGAGCGGGGGGAACUGGUUUGGUUGAUGAGCUACCGUCCGACGAUCUACUAUGGCCACAUUAGCGCUGCCGCCGAGUGGGAUGAGGGGUUUUCUCCCUGGCAACAUGACAUCUGUCUGUUGGAGCACGCCCAACGGAAGGUGGGCGUCCGUGCUGUGACAUCGCCGCCUGGGGUAGGCUCGGAAAUGAUAUGCUCAAACUCCAAGCUCAGCACCGCCGCUGUGGAGGCGAACGUUCCCUCGAAAUCAGAGCACUACGCGACAUACGCCGAUGGGCUCUACCGUCGAAUGAUGCGGGCAAAAAGAUACGCCCAGCGUGAGAUUUUCACACUAUCACCCUCCUCCCGUCUGGAGCUCGCAUUGCUAUCGCUUAGGGAGGGCUACCCUGCACCGAGUCGCGAGAUCUGGGCAACGCUGUCAUUUGUGGAGGCUGAUCCGGAGCUAAAGCUGAGGCGUCGCGAGCCUAUGGAGUCGAAACCAGUCGUAAUUAAAGUGGAUUUGAAACUCAGCAAUCCCACGACGCAGACGGCGACGAUAUCUAAGAAGACGUUAACAUUGAUUAAUCACACAGAGAUUGACUGGCCAAAUGAUUUUAAAACGAACUGCUGUGAUGAGACUAGGCUUUUUAAAAAAGUCUAG